AUGUUCGAGUCUAUUGUUAGAGUAGCUGAAAUCUACUGCUUUCGAAGUUCAAAUGUGGUUUCUGAACCUUCCAUAUCCUCUCCAAAUAUUGAUGUUGAACUUCCACUUUCCAUUCCUGAACCAAAUAUUGAUGUUGAACCUCCACCUUCCAUUCCUGAACCACAAAAUAAUAUCAAUGAUCUUGAACGUGAUCCUGGAUUACGUUGUGCCAUAUGGAAAUAUCCAGUGAAUGAGCGUGAUAGUAUUCGAAAAGCCUAUGUCUUGUUGGGUCCAUUUCAACCCAAGUUAACAUUUCCAUUCAUCAAACAAGGGAGUCAACAACGUAAAUUUCAGUUUUCUUGGUUCAAGGAUAAUCCAUGGCUAGAAUAUUCAAUUGCUCUUGAUAGGGCAUAUUGCUUCCCUUGUUUUCUAUUUGACACUGAAAAUUCUCACCAUCAUGCAUUCACCGUUGAUGGGUUUAAAAAUUGGAAGAGGGUUUGUGGUGGUGAUAAUAUGUUGAUGAAGCACGUAGGAGGCCUUAAUUCUCCCCAUCAUGCUGCAAUGCACAAAUGGGAUUUAUUAAGAAAUCCUACCAAACAAAUUGAAACAUUUUUUCAGUCAAAAUCUUUGAAAGAUGUGGAAGACAAUCUUUGA